AUGGAUCCUACUGCGAUGCACAGCGGAGGAAUCGGAUGCCUAGCUAAGAGUAAACCACUGCUAAGAUUCACCACCGUCUUGGCAAAAUGUCGCAAGGUGGCUCCCUGUUCCAUAAAGGUUGGGCGACGACCUGUGGUGAAAGCUAAGCCCGCCGUUGCAUGGCUGCUUAGUUUGGGGAAAAGUCUUUUUGCCACUUCAGCAUAUACACUGCCUCAGUACCCUGCACACUGGGCCUUGCCGUCUCAGACGUCGGACGGUAUGGCGACCGGCGACACGACUCGCCAUGGAGACUGUCUCAGACUGUGUACUUACAACGCGAGAACAGUGUCCACAGACACUGACCUGGCUGGCCCUCUCGAAGCUGCAGAGCGUGUCAAAUUUCAUGUGAUUGCUCUGGAAAAGACCAAGUGCUGA